GUCAGAACUGCAACACAGAGAACCGACCGGAAGCUAAGAACCGGAACAAACGGAAUCCGAGCUGGAUCUUAAAUCAGCUUUGAGAAAUGGCGGCCGCUGAAGACACUAACACUACACAAAACCCCAGCGGUUCAGAGGCUCCGAAACUGUCGGAUUUACUGGACCGGAGCUGGAAGCUGUACGAAGAGGUGGACACCACAAACGAGCCGAGCAGCUCCAAUGCAGUGCAGGUGAAAGUGAAGCGCGGAAUCAUGCAGCUGGAGGAGGCGACGAUGAUGGUCAAUCAGCUCGACCUGUUCAGUCGUAAUGAGGCAUUGGAGGAAAUCUCCACAGCCGACCUGAAGUACCUGUUGUUGCCGGCUCUUCUGGGAGCGCUCACCAUGAAACAGGUGAACCCCACCAAGCGGCUGGAGCAUGUGCAGGCGGCCCGUGUCUACUUCAUGGACUUCCUCCAGAGAUGCAAGAACUAUGACGUGUGUAGUUUUCAGCUGCCCAAAACCAGUGAGAACACAGCAGAUACUCCUACUGAGGAGCAGACGAAUCCAUCAGUUCCCAUGCCAAUGCCACAGCCAGACCUCAUCGCCAUGGCAACACAAAGACAAGCCAAAAUAGAGAGGUUUAAGCAGCGUAAGGAGACAGAAGCCAAGCUGAGUGAGAUCAGGGGCCUGGUUGAAUCUGGCUCAGCCGAUGAAGAGGUGGUGAGAGAUUUUUACCUGCUGCAUGUACGCAGGUGGGUCACACUAGCAAUUGAGGAGAUCGACUCUAUCAACCAGGAGAUGGAGAUUCUGAAACGGAUGGAGCUUUUCAAGCAGAGCGCGCCCCAGCCAUCUCCACCUAGAAGACCGCCUAUGAAGCCUUUUAUCCUGACUAAGGAUGCUGUGCAGGCCAAAGUGUUUGGUGCAGGGUAUCCCAGUCUUCCUACCAUGACAGUGGAUGAUUGGUAUGAGCAGCAGUAUUAG